ACUAAGUGACAAACACCUGGACAGAAAACACAAAACAUUAAAACUACAUCAUUUAAAGCUUGUUGGUAAAACACAAGAGUGCUUAGGAGAAUGCUUGGUCAUUUGACUGAAGAUGUCAAAGAAAAUAGUUACCAUGGUGACAAGGUGAAAAGAAAACAAGUCUUUGAACGUUUUCAAACAAACUUAACACAUUUCUGUGUCUAUUUGACAAAAUUAGAAAGUACUAAUUGCUGACAGAAGAAGAGACUGUGGACCACUGAGCGAGUGGCCCAAAGAAUUCAGAGAAUCUCAGGGCAUGAUGUGCUUAAAGUAAUUAAUGUCUAGACAUUUGAGUUUGAGUUGUGUUUCUAUUUACUGACUAUUAUAGAAUGAAUCAGAGCUGAAUCCAGCGUUGAAAGUAGAAGAGACGAUGUGAAGAGCACAAUAUUUGCACACUAUGCUGCAGUUUCCCAAAACGGCUCGUUUUUGCAUCUACGUCACCCACGUGACUGAGUGUUUAGGCUUGUGACUGGUUGGGAACCACUGAGAUCCCGUCCUGGCUUUUCCAGAGGAUCAAACUCGCAAUAUAAUCACGCAAUCACGCAAUAUAAAGUCCUACGUAUUACUGCCACCAGAAGAAGAAGAAAUUAAAAAAUAUUUUUUCAUAAUAAUAAGAUAUGAAAAUAUGUCGUCAUACCGAGAAAUGGUUUCACGUAAUAAAAAGAUACUUUUCUCAUAAUGAAGAGAAGUGUUUUCUCGUUGUUACGAUACAUUUAUUUUCGUAAUAACAAAGUUAAAAAUAUCUUGAGGGCAGUAAUAAGUUGCCGUAUUACUUGAAACAAGCGAAACAAAAUGUCAAAUGUCCGACAUUCAACCUUCUAGUUUUUGUGUGAUUUUCAAUCCUGAAAUUAUAACAUAAAUACCGUAAAUCUUUGGGGUCUUUGAACUGGUUUUACUUCCGGUGCAGCUUUUUCGUAUCUCCGUCCACGGGCGAACCAGGUUUGCUCCUGCUGCCGGCUCUUGGUUCACCAUGGCACAGAACCAGGUCAUCCUGCAGUUCAGAUUUGCCACGUUUGGGGAUUCUAUGCUGCAAAAGAUGAAUCUCCUACGACACCAGAGACGUUUCUGUGAUGUCACUGUGCGCAUUAACCAGCUUGAGGUCCCUGGUCACAAGGUGGUGUUUGCCGCGGGCUCUUCUUUCUUAAGGGACCAGUUCAUCCUUCAGCAGGACUCCGGGGAGGUCCAGAUCACCAUGAUCCAGGAAGCGGAGGUGGGCCGGCAGCUGCUUUUGUCCUGUUACACAGGACAGCUGGAGUUUCCUGAGCUAGAGCUGGUGCAUUACCUUACAGUGGCCAGCUUUCUCCAGAUGGGCCACAUUGUGGAGCAGUGCACGCAAGCCCUCAGUAAAUUCAUCAAACCACAGACUACGCUCAACAUGAAGCCUGAUGUGGAUGCAGAGAGGGAGAAAAAGGAGGAGGGUUCAGCCUCCCAGACCCAAAGAGAGCAGAAGCACUCUCACGUACAGAAUGUCCAUUAUGAGAAGGGAGAUGUGGAGCAGGUUGUGGAUGACAACAAUUGCAAUGAUGUUGAUGGCGAUGAUGACGGUGACAGUGACGAUGAUGAUGAUGAGGAUGAUGAUGAUGUGAUCAUACAACCUAAGUCCCCUUUCCAAAUUCUAACUAGAAGGCAGACACAAGGUACAGACAAGAGUGACAUCACUAUAGUAAAGGUGGAGUCUGUUACUGAAAUAGCAGAGAACUCCAUUACCAGCCCACCUGCUGCACUCCGUUCACCGGAGCCCCAGCACUCACUGAUCAACUCCACUGUGGACAGUCGCAGCAGUGAGAUGGCACUUCCACCUGGCAUGGCCAGUUACCCGCUCAGUCCCCUUCCAUCGUCGCCCCCUGCCGAGAAAUACAACGGGCACCAGAGGAGCUACGACAAACCUCUCCAGUGGUACCACCAGUGUCCCAAGUGUUCCCGGGUCUUCCGCCAGCUGGAGAACUACGCCAACCACCUCAAGAUGCACAAGCUGUUCAUGUGCCUUCUGUGUGGCAAGACAUUCACACAGAAGGGCAACCUGCACCGGCACAUGCGUGUGCACGCCGGCAUCAAACCCUUCCAGUGUAAGAUCUGUGGUAAGACCUUCACGCAGAAGUGUUCUCUGCUUGAUCACCUGAACCUGCACAGUGGCGACAAACCCCAUCGGUGCAACUACUGCGACAUGGUGUUUGCUCAUAAGCCAGUUCUCCGGAAGCAUCUCAAACAGAUCCAUGGGAAAAACAGCUUUGACAAUGCAAAUGAAGGCAGCCUGCACGACGGGGCACUUGACUUUGACUUUGGCCGAGUAUGAAACCAGACAGUUGUAGUUGAUUUGCUGGACGCACACAGGAACUGUUUAUUACAAAAUAAAGCUUUGCUAUAAAAAAAUGAGAAGCAGCAUUAUCAAAGAUGGGAAAACAAGUGAAUACUCUCAUUCUGUUGGAUUUAACUGGAAAAAGACUAGAAACUAUCCGGUUCCACAUUUCUCUGUAGGUUCAUUACUGUAUAUUAUUUUUUUUUCUGCUAUACAUUAUAAAUGCCUUCAUACUGUACUUGAAAAUUCAGCACUGAAACACAACAGUAAUGACUGUGCAGUGCAGUGCAAAAGUAUUCAUAACCUUGAACCUUUUGUCAUGUUACAACCACAAUUUAAAUUCAAUUGAAUUCAUUUUUUUUAUACAGCACCAAUUCACAACCUUACACAAAUAAACCCUAACAAAUCUCUCAUAAUAUUAAUAUAAUAUGUUUGAAUGUAGCAUUUUGUAACUUUGACAAUAGGGAAAUGGUGGCUUGGUGGCUCAUUCGGUAGAGCAUUGGAUUGGGAAGCAGAAGGUCCCAGCCCGCCAAAGCACCAAGUGUGUCCUUGAGGGGGAUGGGUUCAAAUGCAGAUAGUAAUUUCCCCAUUGUGGGAUCAAUAAAGUUCAAUUAUUAUUAUUAGUUGGAGGGAUAUGAAUACUUUGCAUGGCUCUGUAAAUCAUCAAUUCCACUGAUGAGUCAACAUGUCUUUGUCUACAAUAUCAAAAAUAUUUCAAUAUAUAAAGCAUCCAUUUGUGUACUGUAUACAGUCUUCUGUAGAUUCUCUAGAUUAUGUGUGAGAAUGUACUUAAUCAGCAAAAACAAACUUGAAAGAAAGCAUUUUAUUUUAUUGCAGGCAACCCAUGCUAACAGGAUGCCUACAUGGACUUAACCUAUGUGUUUGUGACUGACUUUAUAUCUAAGGUACUAUUGGACCAAAGUGACAUUGUAUUUGAGCUCUCUUCAUGGAAGUCGAUGUGUGUUACAAAAUUAAAAACACUAACGCUUUA